ACAGGUUGGCGAUGAAGGAUGUUUUGACAGUUUUGUUAUUUCGAAAUAACAUUUUAAAAACUUCCACUUCAAGUAAAAUCAUUGGAAAAAUGUUUGCAAAUAAAUGGGGGGAAAGUUAAGCUUGUUGUGACAAUUACAGCAUACUUGUAGGUAAAAAGUGUCGAAGAAAAUGGCAUUAAGUUUGGUCAAUUACACUGUGCUUGCGUUUGUUUUGAUUCCGAUUUUCCUCAACUCGCGCAUUCCGAAUGACGUUACGGGUUUGCGUAUAGAACGAAAAUAAACGCGAAAACAAAAUUCGUCUUCGUUGCGUGCUCGGCGGGGGCUUGGGCUUGCUGCGUAAUCUUUUCUGCUAGAAUGAACCUGUGAUUUGCUCUGUUCCGGUUUUGGUGCGUUGUUUAAUUUAACGAUAUCGCUUUCGCUCAGAGGGCAGCCGUGUUUGCCGUUUCAAUUCACCAGCAGCAGCUACAGAUUCAUAUCACCACACUGGCCAUGAUACGGUAUCGAAUGGUUGCACUUGUCUUAAUUUUCCUGUUAAUUUAUUUCUUUCGGCUUAUUUUCGCUUCCGGUGGUGAUCGGAGUCAGUUUUAUCAGAACUGCUUAAAGUUCUGUACGCUUGACAAUUGUACACAGUCUGGUUUAUCGUACAAAAAGGAGCUGGUGUGGAAGCAUGAUCCAAUCAAUAAACUAUUGCUGUGGACAUGCUAUGAUGAGUGCGGUUACGAUUGCAUGUGGAGGACAACGUCAGCUUUCCACAACCGUAACUGGACUACGCCACAGUUUUACGGCAAAUGGCCGUUUGUUCGAUUCCUCGGAAUGCAGGAACCGGCAUCGGUGCUAUUUUCCGUAGCUAACUUUGUCACACACUAUAAAAUGCUGCAACGGUUCAAGCGUGAGGUGCGCACCGACAGUCCCAUGUACGGCACGUGGCGAGUGUUUUCCUACAUCUGUUUGAACGCGUGGAUUUGGUCGGCACUUUUCCAUACGCGCGACUUUCCCAUCACCGAGCUGCUUGACUACACGUUCGCCUACUCGAUGGUGCUGGCUUCGUUCUAUUGCAUGGUGAUGCGCAUGAUACACCGAAUGUCCAUCUUUGUGCGAGGCUCGUUCAGUUUUCUAUGCGUGCUAUUUUUUAUCAACCACUUUUCCUAUCUGAGUAUUGGACGAUUCGAUUAUUCGUACAAUAUGAAAGCGAACAUCGUGACAGGAAUGAGUGGUGCGCUUGGGUGGAUACUGUGGUGUUUCCUCCAGCGCCGAAAGCGGCGCUACGUUUGGAAGUGCUUUAUCUUUAUCGUACUGGCGACAUCAUCCUUGUUACUGGAAAUAAACGACUUCCCACCGAUCCUGUGGACGUUCGAUGCACAUUCAAUAUGGCAUUUAGUAACAGCACCACUAACAAUACUAUUCUAUAGUUUUAUCAUUGAAGACUGUAAAACGCUGCGCAAAGAGCUGGCGGAAGUGGAAGAUGAUGAGAAUCGCAAACUGCUAUAAGGUUUUUCAAAAUUAAACAAAGAAUAAUAUGUUAAAAGUUACCGAAAGAACGGUUCCAUUGCUAUACCCUUGAGGACAAUAAUACAAGAAGCAACACAUUAAGCAGAACAAGUAAUAUGGCAAAAGGGUAAAUAUUUAAAAUGUAAGGGAGAACAAGGGCAUAUUUGGCUAACUAAAAUAACUUUACCUUGGUAUGCAUUUUUGGCCGCUAGUUUUAUAGCAUGCGAGAGUUUCAUCACAUUCUUUCGAUGGUUCACAUUUUGAAUGUAAUUUGUUCAUGCACGAAACCGUUUGUUCGGUUCCAUUCAACAGUUAAUCGUGAUAAGCUAGCAAGAAACAAGGACAUAUAAUUAGCUAAAACGGUAACGAUUCAAAAUUAUGCCAAAAAUUAAUUACAUUCUGCCAUUAAAUUCGACAGUGUUUACCUUAGAUUGUGAGCCAAACAGGUAUGCAACGGCUCUGGGUGUCGUUUAUUCAGCUGCUAGAUAUUGUACAAGAAAUACGUCAAUUUAUGGAGAGCAGACGAAGGCUAUUCCCCCUGUUUUUUGGAAUCACAUAUUUAUCCGCGAACGCACGUAAUUCUAGUCAACAAGCAAUAUUCGCUGGAUGGUAGUACAACCGUAGCCUACAGGCGCGUUCAGUGAGAAUUCCAUUUGGUAGCGAGAAAUUGCGUUAAGAGAUAGGUCAGUUUUUUAAAACUCUUUGGGAUCCCCCUCUUGUAGAACAGAAACAAUGUUUAUUAUCGUGUGUAUUCCAGAAUUACUCAUAAGACAUAUUGUAUAGUGCAUAUUACACUACAUACAGUAAAAGAAGACCAGCUCGUAAGUAUUAGUGUUAUGAAAAAGUAAAAUGACAAAAAAAACCUUUCGGAUUCCAGAUUUGAACCUAUAGUAGCUGAGCGCUGAGGUUGCAUUACAAAAAUAUACUACUUCUAUCACUUAA